CUAACUCAACAGCAAAAUUAUCGAGCCCUCAUUUGAAACCAAUACACAGUACAUCGAAUCCUUGAAAGAGAGGACGAAGUGGCCUGGCAUACCUCCGAAAUGUUAUCUAUUCGUCUGACUUGCUGUUUAUCAAUUGGGAGCUUGUUACGCGAAUGCAGGUACUAAUUGUACAAACAAAACAAUACCUGUGCAUUGAAUAAAUUUUGUGUAUAGAGUAACCGAUGAAAGCAAAGGGCCUAAAUCAACAUUACGAACAUGAUGUAGAAACUAUUCCCUCCAUGGCUGUAAGGUCCAAUUUUAUUUUAGCCUGGAAGUUCAGAAUGCUCUUAUUCCGUUUGUUGAUGUUCGUUAACUGAUGCUUAUAAUAGCAACGCACAGCAUCGGAGCAAUCACGGUAACUGGUGAAUACAAUUGAAUUGUCAUUGCUUAUUUUGAACCGUUCUAAAGCCUGAAUUGGAAUCAUGAGGAAUUCUUGAAUUGGAACAUACUAUUUUAGUAACUAUGGCGGGUAUCUUCAAUCCAAGGCGGUCCUCUGUAUCCCCUCAGCAAGAAGAAGCAGCUGGAACAGCUCGCAAUGGAGACAUAGAAACACAGGUGCUUCCCAAGAGCAAGCAGGACAAAAUGUCCAAUUUUUCAAAGUCCAAAGGUGACAACGGUAGUUGGUUUAGUUUGCCUCAUGAAAGAACUGGAAUGGCUCGUCAAAAGACUGCAUUUGCUGCAAAUGGAAAUAAAUUUCCUUCAGAAUCGAAGAAAAAGGGUCGGUUGCAACCGGCACGUAGGCCAAGUAAGGACAUCGAAGAUUCCCCUACUAAUUUUGAUGACCGAUCACCAUACAGCUCCUUGAAAGCAAGCGAUCGCUUUAAUGACAAGCCAUUAGAACCUUUGAGACUAAAAUCUAUCCAUAAAGCAUGUGUGAAAACUAUGGCAUUUUCAUCGGAAAAGGUUGAAACUCUUUAUCGGAGAUACUUUUUCAGGUUUAAUCAAAAUUUUGUGAAUUGGUUGCUGAUAUUACUUAUAUGUGUGAAUGCUAUAGAAGCCGGACUACACUUUGGAUACCAUGAAAUAGAUAGCAGGGGUGAGGAACUUUUUAUCGGUAGGGGCACAGCACUCUGUGUCUUAAUCACAAUUUUCCUGUCCCUUGUUGCUGUGAUAAACUGGAAUGGCUCAUCACAAAAAUUAUUGAGUUACAUUUCCUAUUUCAUCAUUGCACUGACUUGCAUAACCGUAAUUCUACAGCUUUACUUCUUUAAAGAAAAGGCCCAUUCCGUUACUGAAGCGGUAUCUCUAACAAUGUUUUUUAUCUAUAUGAUAUAUACAAUGUUACCUGUGCGGAUUGGUGUCGCUAUGUUUGGUGGAUUUUUGUUAUCAAUUUCUCACAUGGUUACUUCCGCGGCUGCCGACCAACGAGUUACAAAGAUGGAUGAAAGUUUGCCCUACUUGGUCAUUUCAAAUCUUUUGCUGUUUAUUUGCGCUAAUAUUUGUGGAAUAUUUACACACCUUCCUGCAGAGCUUGCACAACGACAAGCUUUCCUUGAAACAAGAGGUUUUGUAGAAGCGAGGUUGAAUUUGCAACGGGAGAACCAAGAACAGGAACGCCUGCUGCUUUCUGUGUUGCCUAGGCACGUGGCCAUGGAGAUGAAAGCUGAUAUCGAAGGAGAUAGGGGGCGGCAGUAUACCCAGUUUAGCAAGAUUUAUAUCCAACGCCAUGUUAAUGUGAGUAUAUUGUUUGCUGAUAUCGAAGGUUUUACUAAGCUUGCAUCGCAAUGUACAGCUCCAGAGCUUGUCAAGAUUCUAAACGAGCUUUUUGCCAGAUUCGACCAGUUAGCUGUAAACAAUCACUGUAUGAGAAUUAAGAUCCUUGGCGACUGUUACUAUUGCGUUUCGGGCCUACCAGAGGCGAGAUCAGAUCACGCAAAUUGCUGCAUUGAAAUGGGUCUCGAUAUGAUUGAUGCCAUCGCGGUUGUCCGGGAUGCGACCAAGGUUUCCACUUUGAACAUGCGCGUUGGCAUUCACUCCGGCAAAGUCCACUGCGGAGUCUUGGGCUCGAAAAAAUGGCAGUAUGACGUGUGGUCGAAUGACGUCACAACUGCGAAUCACAUGGAAUCUGGUGGCAAGCCGGGGCGCAUUCACAUCACAGAAGUUGUAAGACAGCAUAUUGGAAGCGAUUAUGAGGUGGAGGACGGUCAUGGCUAUGCAAGAGACAAAUAUCUAGCCGAUAAUGCAAUUAAAACCUACUUUAUCAUUGCCGAUCCAAAAAGAGUUAAACAUGUGAGUGCUGCCUCAUCAGAAGCAGAAGGGAAAUUCAAAGGCUCUGUAAAGCAAAUGGCUUCCUGGUCUGCAGCAAACCCUUUCACCAAAAAGUUCUUCCUUGAUGUGAAGGAUAAUAUUUAUCAAGAUGAAAAAGACCGUAAGAUGAAUGAAAGGCUUGGUAUUUCAAAUCGCGAAGCUUCGAUGGAUCCUGAGGAUGAGGUUAAUGAAUUUCUAUCGCGUGCUAUUGAUGCGCGUAGUGUAGAAAGGUGGAAGAAAGAACAUGUUCAACCCAUCAUCCUAAAGUUCAGAAAAAAAGAAUACGAAAAGAAGUAUUCGAAAGAACCAAACAAGAUGUUUAUUCCCAACAUGAUCUGCAUUUCAAUCAUAUACUUGUUUGUCACGUUGGUGCAGAUACUUCUUCUUCCAAGAGAUCGAAUUACCAUUUCGAUUCAAGUUGUCGUUGGGCUGGUGGUCCUUCUUAUUCUGGUUGUAAUUGUUUCGAAUCGAAUAAAGAAAAUGCCAAGCGCCCUGAGAAGCUUGUCGGAAUGGAUAUCGAAACGGAAAUUUAUAUGCGAAUUCAUAUCUGUUCUGACGAUAUUUUUGGUUUUUGGUGUUGCUCUUGGAAGUAUUUUUGCGUGCAAAGCUCCUGAAGAAAACUUCCAGGAUAAGAACUUCAACUGCUCUGUUGUGACUGAUUUGAAGUUUGGCGUCGAGACUUGUGACUACCCGCAGUAUUUCUCAUACUGUGUCUGCCUCGUGAUGCUUGGCUGCGCUGUUUUCCUCCAGUUCGGUGCUAUUUACAAAGCCUUCGUUCUUGGAACUAUGACUGUUACAUACAUCUUCAUCGUUGUUGUUAAAUAUCGUCAGAUUUUCUUGAGGCACGAUAAGAUUGCCUUUUUCUGUCCAAACCGAUCAAGACAUUCUCCAAUUGACAUCGAAACAUUCACUGUCACUACAUACUUUCUUCUGGCUCUGUUUUUUCAUGGGCAUUUGUAUGAGCAAAUCUCUCGAUUGGAUUUCCUUUGGAAAGUUCAAGCCACAGAGGAAAAAGAAGACAUGGAAGGCAUUCGCGAAUACAACAGAACGCUGCUUCAUAAUAUUCUCCCAGGAAAUGUCGCCGAGCAUUUCCUGUCCUCUAGAGAUAAGAGUGAUGAGCUCUAUGCACAAGCCUGUCCCAACGUUGCUGUUAUGUUUUCAAAUAUAUGCAAUUUUAAUGAAUUCUAUUACGAGUUGGAUGCGAAUGGUGAGGGUGUCGAAUGUCUCAGGGUUCUCAAUCAGAUUAUUGUGGAUUUUGACGAGCUUUUAACGGACAAAAAAUACAAAUCUAUCGAGAAAAUCAAAACAAUAGGUGAAACAUACAUGGCUGCUGCAGGAAUUGCACAGGAAACUCUCGAGGAAAUAGCAUCGUUGGAUCAUGUAGAAGCUUUGGCAGAUUUCGCGAUGGCCAUGAAAGCCACAUUAGAAGACAUGAACAGGCACUCGUUUAAUAAUUUCCAACUUAAAAUAGGUUUAAACUGCGGCCCCGUCGUAGCCGGAGUUAUCGGUGCUCGAAAGCCGCAAUAUGACAUAUGGGGGGACACUGUCAAUGUUGCAAGUCGAAUGUAUAGCACAGGAAGAGCUGGUCUUAUUCAGGUUACUCAAAGCAUAUACAACAUCCUGUCUACACGAGGUUUUACUUUCGAGUGUCGUGGACUUGUAGAUGUUAAGGGCAAAGGAAAAAUGGUAACAUACUGGCUAAAAGGAAAAGAGGGCAAGCCAAGCUGAUAAAAGUUGAGUACAAAAAUAUUAACUGAGAAGGUCAGUGAACAGUCGUUUUGGAAAUUUUCUGAUGAUGUCCUUCUCGUCCAACCAAAGGAUCGCCAAAGAGGAUCAUUUCAGGAACAAUUGUGAUUGAUUUUUCGUUUAUCAGACAAUAGAUGUCAAGUUGAGUGUAAAGAUAAAGUUGUUGUUGGCAAGGACAUCGUGAAUUCGAUAGGCUGUGGUAGCAGUUUGUGUUUUUGCUUUGGAAGAAUACCCAUGUUGAUGAACGUUUUAAUUCUUAGAUUGGUUCAUUCAAGGAAGGCCUAAAAAGGAAAUUGAAAACAGUAGUGUUCGCAUGUUGAAGAACGUUUUAAUUCGUUGAUUAGUUCAUUCAAGGAAGGCCUAAAAAGGAAAUUGAAAACAGUAGUGAUCGCAUGUUGAAGAACGUUUUAAUUCUUAGAUUGGUUCAUUCAAGGAAGGCCUAAAAAGGAAAUCGAAAACAGUAGUGAUCGCAUGUUGAAGAACGUUUUAAUUCUUAGAUUGGUUCAUUCAAGGAAGGCCUAUAAAGGAAAUUGAAAACAGUAUUGAUCGCAUGUUGAAGAACGUUUUAAUUCUUAGAUUGGUUCAUUCAAGGAAGGCCUAAAAAGGAAAUUGAAAACAGUAGUGAUCGCAUGUUGAAGAACGUUUUAAUUCUUAGAUUGGUUCAUUCAAGGAAGGCCUAAAAAGAAAAUUAAAACCAGUAGUAAUCGCAUGUUGAAGAACGUUUUAAUUCUUAGAUUAGUUCAUUCAAGGAAGGCAAAAAGGAAAUUGAACGCAGUAGUGAUCACUUCCAGAAUUUUAGCUUAUUAGACAGAUUAGUUGUUUCCUUGAACAACUGUUUACACUCGUAAAUAAAUAUAUUGAAAAGUCAUAUUGUAUAGUUGUGAAAAAAUGUGAACGUCCUCUAAAACGCAAAUAAAAUACAAUCUCUAGCCUUUUAAACCUUUAUUAGUUGUACAGAAAGGUCGAAUGAUUUUUCUAAUCUUGCUUAUAAAACAAGGAACGGUACUGCAGUUUAUACAACCGUAGACGAAAAUUUAAAGUCCAAUUUGAUGUAUAUAAGAAUAUAUAAAAUAAUCUUACAAUGUUGUACAUUAUGAUUUUAGAUAAAGUAGCAUAGAGUAUAAUUGGAUGAUUGAUGCACCAUAACUGUCUUUGUUAACCACUUAUAACCCCAUGAUAAGCAAAAUCUCCCAACACUUUGCAAAGAGUUAUUCCAUUCCCACAGAGACUUUCUACAUUCAAUCAAGCAAACGUAUUCUAUUUUGUUGGCGUAUACCAUGCCGGUAGCUAUAGCCGGGUCUAAAGGAUAUCUUUCAAUUCCAUAGUUCUAUUUGUUGACAGCUUGUGUCAUGUUUUGUCUACUAUGUUUUCGUACGAAAUUUUUUUUGAAUUUAAUUUCAAAAAACGAAGGCGAUCAAUCAAAUGCAUUGCUGGUUCUAUUUGCAAUGUUUCUAAAUGACCAAUCAAAAACUAGUAGAUAAAGGCCUAAGAGUCGAAUUUAGGUUCGAAAUUUGAGUUGUCAGUUGAUAUUUUAAAACCAAAGGGCUUGUUUUUGAUGUCAAUAGAGGAAUUGUUGUAAUUAAGAGCUUUUAAAUCUAAAUUAUAGAUAUUAUCUAAAGAUACAUGGAUUUGUUUAUAGAUGUAAAUAUAACUACCACACCUGCGCUGAUUUAUGCUUUUUCAUCGUUUUUCCUACAAAGGAAGCUCCACUUCGCCAUUUCAAAUUCAUUUUGGCUGCCAUACUAUAGUAAUAAUGGAAUCUUUUCAUUUGAAUUCCAAUUGAAACUACAAUUACAUAGGCAAUUUGUAACUGGCUGGCCUGUUUUCACAAAAUAAAACUAUUACAACCGUAUUGAUUAAAAGAACAGAUCAAGAAGAAAAAAAAGAAAAAUAAAGAAAUUUACAACUCUUAAAUAAUAUAUAGUAGUAGCUCUGGGUUCCUCCGAGUUUAGUUUCUACAGCAGAAUAUGUUAUAUGUGGUACGAAUGAAGAUGCUUGAAAGUUUGGAGGUGAGUCAAUAGAAAGGGAGUCACACAUGUCGAUGAAAGAGCUGUAGGAAUUACAAAAGAUAUUAAAUGAACUGAUGCAAAGAUUGACAAACAGAACCGACGUUUUAAGUCAGAUUUGAGGGUGGCAUAUUUAUCUGACUGUCUGCUAGCAUUGCAGUUGCGAUUUGUUUCGAAGCCAAUGGCUAGCUCUAAAACGUACGGACAGUUUCCUUGGUUUUGAGAAGUAAGUAAAGGCGUAGUUGGUCUCCAGUUACGGUAGAAGGGGAUAGAAAGCCUGGUAGAUUCGCGUAGAGAGAAGAUCCAUUUAUUGCUUUGAAGGAAGUGGCUAGAAAAUUUAAGGCAGAAUUAUGAUGCCAAGUAUAGCGGCCUUGGUCAAGGUACACUUUGCAUCCAGGAACAACGUGCAGAAGUGUUUCUUAGAGAAGACAGAAUUCACAGUCAGGUGUUCUAAUGUUCUAAUUUUUACGCGUUAGAACAAUGCUGUUAAGAAACUUGAUGGUAAAAUUAAAGAUGUUAGUUGGAAGAUUGCUCUAUGUUCUUGACCAAAUGCCGUUCAGCCUUUCCAGUGAAUGUGUCAUUAGGAAGGAGAUUGUAACUCCUUGAGAUGGUAACUUUUGAGAAUGACUUUACUUUUGGUCUGAUUUUAUAGCCUUUAGUACCUCUUUCGUAUUACAAUAGAUGUCGUGCUGUAGGUUCGUGUCGUGGCUGCUGUUUUUUCAUAGGGUUUGAAUGUCGAUGUUAGGAGAAGAUUUUAGGGCAAUGCGACAGACAGUUUGGCAUUGCGUAAAAUAAUGGAAACAUUUCAUUUUCAAUUCAACUUGAAUUACAAUCACAAAUCUCACUAUUA